UGCGCAGUGCGCCUCCCUGUUAGCGCGUUGUCAGGAGCCGUAAAUGGAGUCAAGCGGUCACAGUGGCGCGAGAACGUACGAAGUAUUAGUGGUGUGGUGCAAGAAAACUAAUACGCGUAGUGUUAGUACGAGUUACUAGAUUGUUAGGUAAUAGCCUAACCUAGUGUUGGGUUUUUAUGUCGUAACUGGUUAGAGCUAGCAUCAACUGCUACAGUGCAGCGAGGUGGGCUCGCGCUCUCUUGGCGGUUCCCCUGAAGGCCUGGUUUUAGCCUAGCCUAGCCUAGCCGAGCUUAGCUUAGCAUCCCGCUAACUACCGAGAAGUUAAUCAUAUCUAGCGGAUCCUUUGUGCAUUUCUGAAGGCCACAAAGGCAUGACAGACGAUACCGCCGUUGCAAUGCAGCAAAUGAUGGACAGGAGUUGCUGGGUGUGUUUCGCCACAGACGAGGAUGACCGCACUGCCGAGUGGGUGCGGCCGUGCCGAUGCCGCGGCUCCACCAAGUGGGUGCACCAGACCUGUCUGCAGCGCUGGGUGGACGAGAAGCAGCGGGGCAACAGCACAGCACGCGUGGCCUGUCCUCAGUGCAACGCCGAGUACCUCAUUGUCUUCCCAAAGCUGGGACCCAUUGUGUACGUGCUGGACCUGGCAGACAGGCUUAUCUCCAAGGCAUGCCCAUUCGCUGCAGCUGGCAUCAUGGUGGGCUCCAUCUACUGGACUGCCGUCACAUACGGCGCCGUCACGGUGAUGCAGGUGGUCGGCCAUAAGGAGGGUCUGGAUGUGAUGGAGCGGGCCGAUCCACUCUUCCUCCUCAUCGGACUGCCCACCAUCCCAGUCAUGCUUAUCCUGGGAAAGAUGAUACGCUGGGAGGAUUACGUGCUGCGACUGUGGAGGAAGUACUCCAACAAGCUGCAGAUCCUCAACAGCAUCUUCCCAGGCAUCGGUUGUCCAGUUCCCAGAAUCCCCGCUGAGGCCAGUCCUUUAGCGGAUCAUGUAUCAGCCACUCGGAUCUUGUGCGGAGCGCUGGUGUUCCCCACCAUCGCCACCAUCGUGGGCAAGCUCAUGUUCAGCAGAGUCAACUCUAACCUGCAGAGGACCAUCCUGGGUGGCAUCGCGUUUGUGGCCAUCAAGGGUGCGUUUAAGGUGUACUUCAAACAGCAGCAGUACCUCCGCCAGGCCCAUCGCAAGAUCCUCAACUUUCCCGAACAAGAGGAGGCCUGAGUGAACGUCCCCAGCGCUUUACAGACUGAGACUGCCGUGUGUGUGUGUGUGUGGGGUGGCUGCGGUGCGAACGUACAUGACUGCUGCUGGAAAAGGCUUUACUCGGGCUGCUACAACUUGAACAUGUAUGAGAGGAGAGGAGUUGACAGUGAUCGAUGUUUUAACACACACACACACACACACACACUGACACAUUUCUGAUUUACGUAAGCUGUUCAGUUUAAUCUCUCCCUGAGAAUGUGAUUUUCUUUACCCCUUUCCUUUCUUCCAUGUGUACGAGUAAAGAUCCAGGCUUCCUCUCGAGUUAUGAUCCAAGCUGGGAGACGCUCCUUCUUUUCUGUAAUUUUAUAGGUUGUAGUAAAUUUAAACAUUAUUUUUAGAUAAAGAGUGGGAUGUGGAAUUCUAAGUUUUAUGUGAUUAAAUGACUUGGUUUUUAUAAACACUACUCUUGAUGCUGAGACGGAUUAAUGACCACCUUGCCUUUUGAUGACGACUUUGCAUGUUCGACAGGACGCGAUGUUACUAAAUCAGUCACACUGCUGUAUAAAGGUAUUGUUGUAGCAGCACAUGCUCAGCCUGAAUUACAUUUAAAAGGAGAAACACUGGGUGUAUGGAACAACAUUGAUACUAGUCGGAUGAGUUACAUUUGUAACCUUUUCAGUUUGGACUAGUCUUAAUGCUUGUUCAGAAAAUCUGUUGUGGAAUGAUGAGGUGGAGUAUCGCACCUGUACGACAUGACUAAUGUAAUAUAUAUACAUAUGUCAAUUUUAAUAUUUUAAAGAAUGGUGAGAGUGAAAGCUUGAAAAGCUUUAUGAAAUAAGGAAUAAUCAAUCUGAAUGUCAGCUUUAGGAUGUUUGGAAUUAAUUUCCUAGCUGAAUAAUUUCUGGUGCUUGUUUAAAAGAUCUGGAGGGGGGGGGGAAUAUUAAGCAUCUCUUUUCUUAACCUUCACUCAUGCAUAAUCCUGACUACACUGAAUUAAUUAAUCCAGUUCUUGAUGGUACUACGCCCUCUCCGUGGUGAAGGGAGUCACGGCUGGACUUUCUCGGGUGUUCUCUGAAGAAAUGAAUAAACAAAUCAGGCACAAGAUGCACAAGCUUUUGUGAUGUAAUGUCACACAACCAGCCUGAGCACAUCAAUGUACUGAUAGUCGAGUGAUGGUUGUCAUGCCUGAUCGAUUUAAGUGAUGUUCUAUCCAUGUGAUUACUAUAAAUAUUAUUGCCAUUAAUAUAUGAUCAGAAUAGUGGGUGUUGCUACAGCUAACAGUGUACUACAUAUGAAUGGAGAGAUUCAUUUUUUUUUUGGUGGGGGGGGGGACAGAGCAUGCCAAUAACUGAUUUCAGUGUACAGGACCUGAUGCAGUUAUUUCCUGCUUUGGCAGGUUUUAAAUAUUAUUACCAGUUACAGCACAGCUGAUCUAAUCCAAAAAGAAACUUUGAAAAGGAAUAACUUUGUUCAUGCACUUAGGGAAAAUAAAAAAGUCACAGGCUUAUCCUAACUUAAAUGCUUAUUGCCAUUUCCAGCCAAUAGUAAUUUAAUCACUGUCUAACAGUUUCUUUAAAUAUGUUAGAAACAUUGCUCACCAUAAUGCCAAAACACAAAGCAGAGCUGUAUAAUUGUAUGACUUGUAUAUACAGAUAUUGCUUCUGAAAUUCAUUUAUGAAUCACACUUGUGAAUAAAUGUAUUUUUCCAAUGCUUGACUGAC